AUGGAAGCGUUAGAUGAAAUACAAUGGAAGUCACCAGAAUUCAUUCAAGAGAGAGGAUUACAUACGAAUAAUGUAUUGGAAUAUUUUGCCCUUUCACCAUUUUAUGAUCGAACAUCAAAUAAUCAAGUAUUAAUGAUGCAAUUUCAAUAUCAACAAAUCCAAAUCCCAAUAGGGAUGUCUUUCCAACAAUAUUUCCAAUCAAGACUUUCAGAAAUGACUGGAAUUGAAUUUGUGAUUGCAUAUACUCGAGAACCUGAUUUUUGGAUUGUACGAAAACAAACAAGAUUAGAUCCAACCAAUACUUUUACAUUACAAGAUUAUUAUAUAAUAGGAGCCAAUGUAUAUCAAGCACCUAGGAUAUAUGAUGUGCUCUCAUCUAGACUAUUGGCUAGUGUAUUAUCAUUACGGAAUUCAAUUGAUCUUCUUGGAGAAAUGACAAGUUAUCAUAUUCUGGAUGGAGGUCAUUCUUAUAAUAAUUCAAUCCAUAAUGUAAGUAGCCAUGCCAUGUCAAUUACAUCAUCCUCAUUAAUGACAAAUCAUCUGAAUCUUCAACCGAAAUCAGCAUCAAUGACAGUUUCAAAUACAAAUGCGGUGAAUACCAUGACUCCAAUUCCCAUGCCUACACCUGGUCCUGUUACUGGACCUACUAGCGCAGUUCCUGCAAGUACUGUUUCAAAUAAUUUGGUAAAUGUAAGUUCUCAUGUUGAAAUUACUAGUGGUGCUUAUGACAAUUUGUUGAAUACUGUUGUUCAAUCGGUAACCGAGAAGAUACCUAGUAUAAAUGGUAAUCCUAGUUUUAAUAUUGAAAAUGAUAAUGAGAGUAAGCAAGUUUAUCUUGAUGAUAUUCCAUUAUAUGGAAAGGGAAGUACAGUUGAGAUGUUGGGGGUCAAAGUAAAUCUUGAAGAGGAUUAA